CUUUGUCUGGAUGAUUUUAUUUUGUAUCCUGUGAAAUUGUGUUUCAUGGUGUGUUUUUUGUUUCUAUGGUUCUUGAUUUUCGAGUUAUAUGUAAAGUUUGAAACUUUGGUAGUGUAGUUGAUUUUCGAAUUUUGUUGCAGUUAUUUAUGUUCCUGAGAAAUGCCUUAAAGUUCAAAAUCAAGAAUGCCAAUUGCCAAACAUGUCACAUACACCACCUACUCUAAGUGUGUGAAUAAGCACUAGGCUAGAAAUGAAUGGCUGUUGAAGUUGGGAGCUUUGUAGUUUGUGACAUGGAACUUGCAGUCGUGUAUUCGUUUUGUACUAUAAUGUUUCUGUUUGCAGUUGGUGGCUGUUAUGUGAAUCUAAAUUUGCGUCUAGAGAUACUCACGUUUGAGUGGUUAUUAAAUUACAAACACAUAAUUAUUAGUUAGUAUAAUAAUUGAGUAGCUUUAUGCUAGGAGAAGAACUUGUAAUGCAAAAACAUGGAAGACGGAGGCCCAUAGUGGAAAGGGAAAUUGACGUCUGGAUUCAUGGGAUCGAGAAAGACUGAGCUAAUUGUUCCUCAGAAGGUUUUCUUUCUUCGAGCUAAACACGCUGAGUCGGGGAUAGAUGGAUCGGUCAGCUUAAGGCUAGUGUCCCCAUCACUGUUAGCAGCAGAAAAGGAAGAAGCCAAAGCUGUUCUGACAUUAUUCUUGAAGAAACAAGGUUUGAGCAAUGCAGUUGCUGCAAGAACUAUCAACAAGUCCGAUCCUUUCAUCGAUCACCUAGUCUCAAGACUCCACUCUGUUCACAAGGCUCGAUACUUAGUAGGUCGAGAACUAACAACUCUCGAGAUUAGAGACGCUCUGAUUCCAUAUCUCGAGACGCUACUCGAGGAGUACGAAGCCAUUUUAGUAGACGUUGUGGAGAACUUCCCAAACCCACCCGUAAAAGAAAAAUUAGAAGAAAGUGUACAUAAACAACCCAUUACCGAAAACUCCAUUGCAUUAGUUUCCUCUUCUUCUAUUCCUUCACUCGACUCCAAAAAGCUAAAAGCUUUAGCUCGAAUAACCGACCUCAGCCCAACAAGCAAACUCCCUUCCCACAUCAUAUACCUUCUAGAACUUGGAAUGGAAUUCAACGCAAUCAAAGAAGUCAUACGAAAAUUCCCAGCAUUCGCAUACUACAGUUUGGAUGGCAAAAUCAAACCCGUAGUAGAAUUUCUCCUCGAUUUAGGUGUUCCAAAAGAAGAUAUUCCUACAAUCUUGAGCAAAAGGCCUCAACUUUGUGGGAUUAGUCUAACGGAAAAUCUUAUUCCCACAAUGAAGUUUCUCGAGGAAUUAGGCGUGGACAAAAAGCAAUGGGCGAAAGUUAUAUACCGUUUCCCACCUCUUCUCACUUACAGCAGACAAAAACUUCAAGCAACCGUAGAUUUUCUCUACGAGAUGGGACUCUCUUCUGACAACGUGAGCAAAGUUCUUACACGAUGCCCCAACAUCAUAAGUUACAGCGUGGAAGAGAAGCUAAGACCAACUGCUAACUAUUUCCGAUCUUUAGGUGUUAAUGUUACCCUUCUUCUUUAUCGGGCCCCACAAACUUUUGGUCUCAGUAUCGAAGGUAAUUUAAAACCCGUGACCGAGUUUUUCUUGGAGAAGGGUUAUAGUUUGGAAGAUGUUGCGAUUAUGGUGGCUAGGUAUGGGGCUUUGUAUACUUUCAGCUUGCCGGAUAAUUUGAUGCUGAAGUGGGAGUUUUUUCUAACCACGUUUUAUCCCAAAACCGAGCUGGUUAAGUUUCCGCAAUACUUCGGUUACAGUUUGGAAGACAGGAUCAAACGUCGGUACGAGAUUAUGAGGAAAUGUGAAGUUAAGGUGCUGCUGAACCAGAUGUUGUCUACCUCGGAAGACGAUUUUCAUGUACUUUUGAAGAAAAAGAUGCAGAAAAAGGCUAAUGUGUAGGCAUGUAAUUUGGCAGAUACGAGUAGGUACUCUAGAUUAUACUUUGUCUUAGGUUUCUCGGUAUUCUUGAGAUAAUUUUGAUGCUAGGAUGCUGUGUAGUAGUUGUUUGUGUUUGUUAAAGAAAGGUUCAUGAAUUAGGUGGGAGAUGAAUUUCUUGAAUGAAUGAACUUCACUUUUGAUGCAUGUAUUGUGCAAUUUGUAUUGGUGGUAUUAAAUGGAACUUUGUGUAUGCUUCUUUGUAAAUAUUCAGGUGACAUCUUAU